GGAGAAACCCUUCCUUGCCUGGGUUGCUAAGGAGAUGGGACGCUGUAACUUGCUGAGCAGUUGGGACCCUGAAAUCCUUUAACUGACCUCAGCAAAGCGACUGCCCUGCGUUGCCUCUUUCCAUAUCUGCACUCCUCCUUCAUCCAGAAUUUUUUUUUCUUGACUCUUUCCAUGGAAGACUCGACGUCCCCGAAGCGAGAAAAAGCAAACCAAGAUCCAAGGGAAGCAGGGCAGCCAUGGGAAGAAGUAACAGCAGCUUCUUCCCAAGGUCUUGAGUCUGGGUUAUCUGAGCCCUUGGAAUUGGAGCAGGGGCUGGAAACUGGACCCCAACCCAGAAGCCCUCCUCAGAGCCCACAGUCCAGAGCCAGCAUCCCUCUGGAUGACCUCACAGGACCAGGUGCAUCAUAUCCACCUUCCCCUCCACAGGAGGCCUCUUACACUCCUUCUCCCCCGGCUCUGGCCAGACAGGACCUUGCAGUGCCAUGGCAGUCAGACAAAACCGCUAGUGUGAAUCCCGAAGCUGGGACACCUCACUUCCACCAUUUGGAACAAUCGUCUGAUAAAGGAGAAUCGACUGCUUCUCACACAUUCCAAUCAGAGGGAAGCACCUUCCGACAGUCUCAGCAAACCAAACAUCACCUGUAUGGACCAGAGGAUGUGAACUAUAACAACUCUAAACAAAAAGAGCUGAGAUUUAACAUCUUUCAGGACGAAGACUCAAACAGUAACUAUGAUCUGGAUUACGCUGAACCUGGGGUCUCUGAACUGGCCCCCAGCAUGCUUGAGAUCACCAUUCAGAGUGCUAAGGCUUACUUACAGAAGACUAGUAGCAAGUCUGGCUUAAAUUUGUAUGAUCAUCUUUCUGAUAUGCUUGCCAAGGUCUUAGAUGAGCGUCCGGAAAAUGCUGUGGAUAUCAUUGAAAGUAUCAGCCAAGAUGUGAAGAUGGGACAUUUUAGGAAAAAAUUAGAUACACUCCAAAAUGAGAAUGAGAUGCUUCCAACAUAUGAGAUAGCAGAGAAGCAAAGGGCUCUUUUUCUCCAGGGAAAUUUGGAAGGAGCUGACCAAGAACUAGAAGAUGAAAUAGCAGAAAACGCUCUCCCAAAUGUAAUGGAGUCAGCUUUUUAUUUUGAACAAGCUGGAGUUGGUUUGGGCACAGAUGAGACUUAUCGCAUAUUUCUUGCCCUCAAGCAGCUUACUGACACCCACCCCAUCCAAAGAUGUCGUUUCUGGGGCAAGAUCUUGGGUCUGGAAAUGAAUUAUAUUGUAGCUGAAGUAGAAUUCCGUGAGGGAGAGGAUGAAGAGGAUGUGGAAGAGGAAGAUGUAACUGAAGAGAGGGACGAUGCAGAUAGCGAAGCUGAUGAAGAUGACGAAGACCAAUUACCAAGGACCUUUUACAAGACCCCACAGGCUAUACCAAAAGAAGAAAACAGGACGGGUGCCAACAAAUAUGUGUAUUUUGUUUGCAACGAACCAGGAAGACCAUGGGUGAAGUUACCCUCGGUUACGCCUGCACAAGUUGUUACUGCAAGAAAAAUAAAGAAAUUUUUCACUGGGCGUUUAGAUGCUCCCAUCAUAAGCUACCCACCUUUCCCGGGAAAUGAGAGCAAUUACUUACGAGCACAAAUUGCCAGAAUUUCAGCAGGGACCCACGUCAGUCCUCUGGGAUUCUAUCAGUUUGGUGAAGAGGAAGGAGAGGAGGAGGAAGAGGCAGAAGGCAGACGAGACAGCUUUGAAGAAAACCCCGAUUUUGAAGGCAUCCAAGUGAUGGAUCUCGUGGAAUCCCUAUCCAAUUGGGUUCAUCACGUGCAACACAUUCUGUCCCAGGGCCGCUGUAAUUGGUUUAACCCCAUACAAAAAAGUGAGGAGGAAGAAGAAGAGGAAGAUGAAGAAAAAGAAGAAGAGAAAGGAGAAGAGCCUGACUAUACAGAACAGGAAGUGGGGCCACCUCUUUUGACACCAAUCUCUGAAGAUUUAGAAAUCCAGAAUAUACCACCUUGGACAACACGGCUAUCCUCAAAUCUCAUUCCUCAAUAUGCUGUUGCAGUCCUUAGAUCCAACCUUUGGCCUGGGGCAUAUGCCUUUUCCAAUGGCAAAAAGUUUGAAAAUUUCUACAUAGGCUGGGGUCACAAAUAUAGUCCAGACAACUAUACACCCCCAGCUCUACCACCAGUGUAUCAAGAAUACCCCAGUGGAGCAGAAACUACAGAAAUGGAUGAUCCUACUGUGGAAGAAGAGCAGGCUUUCAGAGCUGCACAAGAAGCAGCUGUUCUUUCAGCUGAGGAAAAUGAAGAAACUGAGGGAGACGAAGAGGAGGAUGAUUAUGACCAAGAAUAAAAUUAGCCCAGGGUCAAAAUGGAAGACUGAACAAAAGCACAAAUCUCUCUUACCACGAUAAUAAAAGAAAAAGUUAAUAAUAAACAUUCAGGUCUAUAGUCAAAGCAAGAAAAGAAAA